AGUUUCUGUUUGAAAUCUAGAAGACUCACGCAACACUAUUUCCAAACCAGAGUUUGAUCUGGACGUGACACGCGGUACGGGACACACACACGUGGUCUCCAAGGUAAUGUACCAAUAUUACAAGAACUCUCUCCGUGAAAUCGAUCGUUAUAAGAAAAUAUUUUUGGCAAAUAUAUUUUCGAAGAUAAGAGAGAAAAAAGCAAGUGAGAAAUUUUCGCAAAAAAAAAAAAAAAACUUUGAGAUGUCUGCUGAUCAUUACAAUAGAUAUGCAUUUGAGGCUGAAUGGUAUGACAAGAAUGCUUGCAUAACGAGGAAAUUUUAUUUGUAUUAUUAUCCGUCCGAUAAUACUAUUGAACUGUUCGACUUGAGAACACGACAGACGUUCUUGAGAAGGACGAUAUGCGAAGGCAUCCAACUGAGGGAUUUCCACGUGAAUGCCGUGGUUACCUUAUUUUCGAGAAACAUGAAGAUCUUAGGUUAUGCAGACGAGUACACCAAAAACAAAUUCGAGACAGAAGUGCAAAAUAUCUUCGUGCUCCUGAAACCGCACGUGGUUGACGAAAAACUAGGUGAAAUACUGAAUACAAUUACAAAUAUGAAUUUUUCUAUUGCUAAUAUAAAAAUGAUACGAUUGACUCCGGACGAAGUUCAAUUAUAUUAUCCUGUAAAAAAUCCCGUCUUGCAAACAACUGUUAUAGAGUACCUGACCUCUGAUCGUGUCGUUGUUCUGAACCUGGCAGGACAUAACUGCGUACAGAGAUGGAUGGAAGUAGUAGGUCCAGAAAACAGUGAACUAGCUCGUAUAUUGGGACCUUUUUCUUUAAGAGGUUUCUUCGGAAUAGACGAGAUACGCAACGCCGUGUACGGGUCCGAGAACCUAGAGACGGCAAAAAAAGAGCUGCAAUACUUUUUUUCUGAUGAGAGGAUUCUUAAUACGGGACCAAAAACUACCGCUGUUCUUAGGAACUGCACCUGUUGCAUCAUCAAACCACAUGCCGUACGCGAGAAACUUACCGGCGCCAUCAUUAAUGACAUUCAAAAAGCAGGCUACACGAUUACAGCGUUGCAACAAUAUUGCAUAGGUCCGAAUGUCGCUAAUGAAUUUCUAGAAGUUUAUAAAGAAGUUCUUCCCAAAGAAGUUCCCGAUAUGGUGGAGGAGUUGCAUUCUGGUCCCUGCAUCGUCAUGGAGAUAACGCAAAAGAUUUACAAUUCCAACAUCGUUAACGAUUUUAGAAAUUUGUGCGGUCCGGCGGAUCCGGAUAUGGCGCGGAAAACCAAACCACAUUCGCUUAGAGCUAGGUACGGGAAAACGAAAAUACAAAACGCCGUCCACUGUUCCGAAUUGGCCGAAGACGGUGUUCUAGAGGUACAAUAUUUCUUCACGUUACGUCUCGUUUAAGACGGAACCCAAAGAUCUCAACGAAGAAAUGUAAAUUUAAGACGCAUAUUUGAAUUUGGAGUAUUUUUAUCUUUGUACUUGAUUAAGAAAAUAAAACAGAAGAUA